UAACGGAAAGCGUGCGCGCACCGCCCAGGGACGAUGGACCGCACGCGCUCUGAGUCUGGCAUAAUGGAGGACAGAUAGGGAACAAUCUCAAUAGCAGCUCCUUAACUGUUGAUCCGAAUUUAGUUUUCGUCCCGGGCUCUUCGGUUAUUUGGACUCGACAACAGCUCGCUUGGACCGAACCGGGCCCCGGACUCCCAACAAAAUGCCGAACAUCAAGAUUUUUAGUGGCAGCUCACAUCCGGAUCUGUCUCAGAAAAUAGCAGACCGUUUGGGGCUCGAACUCGGGAAGGUUGUAACCAAAAAAUUUAGCAACCAAGAAACAUGCGUGGAGAUAGGAGAGAGUGUACGUGGAGAAGAUGUCUACAUUGUGCAGAGUGGCUGUGGGGAGAUAAAUGACAAUUUGAUGGAGCUGUUGAUCAUGAUCAACGCUUGCAAGAUUGCCUCAGCCUCCAGGGUCACCGCCGUCAUCCCCUGCUUUCCCUAUGCCCGGCAAGACAAGAAGGACAAGGUGGGGAGCCGGGCUCCAAUCUCUGCCAAGCUGGUGGCCAACAUGUUGUCCGUGUCAGGAGCUGAUCAUAUUAUCACGAUGGAUUUGCAUGCCUCACAAAUACAGGGAUUCUUUGAUAUACCUGUCGAUAACUUGUACGCAGAGCCAGCUGUGCUGAAGUGGAUCAAGGAAAACAUCCCAGAAUGGAAAAACUGCAUCAUCGUCUCACCUGAUGCAGGAGGAGCCAAAAGAGUUACAUCUAUAGCAGACAGACUGAAUGUGGACUUUGCUCUGAUUCACAAGGAAAGGAAAAAAGCCAAUGAAGUGGAUCGCAUGGUUCUUGUAGGCGAUGUUACGGAUCGGGUCGCCAUUCUGGUGGACGACAUGGCUGACACAUGCGGGACAAUCUGCCAUGCUGCCGACAAACUAAUCUCUGCCGGUGCCACAAAGGUGUACGCCAUCUUGACCCACGGCAUCUUUUCUGGCCCAGCCAUUUCACGCAUCAACAAUGCCUGCUUUGAGGCUGUGGUGGUCACCAACACAAUACCCCAGGAGGAGAAGAUGAAGCACUGUUCCAAAAUACAGGUUAUAGACAUCUCCAUGAUCCUCGCAGAGGCCAUUCGCAGAACUCACAACGGCGAGUCCGUCUCGUAUCUGUUUAGCCACGUUCCCCUGUAGCAACGUGCGCCGUUAACACUGAAAACGAAGGAAAGUCCCGCUAACUAACUGUGGAGGUGGAAAAAAAAAAGCCUGAAUGAAUGAAUGAAUCAUUAUGUCUGUUACUAACACAUCUCUCAAGUCUCUCCGCCUAAGUGUAGCUCCCCCUCUGACAUCUAGGGCGACAAAGCAAUCACUAUUUAGGCUGGCAUAUUUAUUAUGAACGGAUAAAUAAGCAUUUAUCCACUGUGAAAUGUGUCUUUUCUUUUAUCACAGUUGACAUGCAGAGUUUGUACUGGUUUUUGCACCUCCCUAGGAGUCAUUUUUGUUUGUUUUCAAAUAGCUUUUAUCCAUCUCCGUGGCAGGUUCAGGUGCUCAGGUGAAGCUUCUGGUGUUUAAAGCUGUUACAGUGCUUUCUGUUACAUUAAACGACUGUAGAUUUUAUUUUUGCUCUUCUUUGGUUUCUGCUGUUUUAAAGAGUUCUAGUUAUAGAGGUGAAUGUCUGAUGAACUGUUCUUAGAGUGCCGGUGAAUCUCCACUCUACCAGGAGUGCCUCAAAAGUCUGAAAUUAAAACAAACUUUUUUCUGUUUCUCCCUCCUGAUGAUUUUUUUUUUUUUGUGUGUGUUAUUACUCAGUAAAAGACCCUUUUGUGUCGUGGGAGGCCAAAAGCAACUAUUUCUUUCAGCUCUUGAGGCACCCCCCUUCUUCAGUGGGGUUCGCCUGAUGUCCAAAACUUGAAGGAAAAAUAAUUUUUUAAGCUUGGGGUCUCUGCGGGUUGGAGCUUCUCUAGACUUGUCCAGUGUUUUGUUUUUUAUUUUUAUUUUUUGUAUGUCUGAAGGACGGGUUUGUCAUCAAUGUGCAUACCAGUAAUCCAAGCCUUUGUGUUUUCUUUUACAGUAGGGAGAAUGCAUGAGCUGUUUGACGCAUUCUUAAUAAAACUGAAAUAUGUGUUUGAAAAGCCUA